AAGAAAUAGAGAGAUUAUAAUUUUGUUUUAGUAGUUAUUUUGGACGUACUUAAAUUCCCCCUAAAAAAUAAAAAGUAAAACCCUUGAUGAAACCAUGACAAACCCAGCCCUUUUGUCAUCUCACCCUCUCCAGAGCCGCGGCACAUCCGGCGGCCCUAACCCCAACCAUGGCUGCACCUACACCGGCUGUGGAGUCCGUCCAGAGCUUUGGACGCAAGAAAACGGCAGUGGCCGUCACCUACUGCAAGCGCGGGAAAGGAUUGAUCAAGAUCAAUGGCUGCCCAUCGAGCUUGUCGAGCCCGAGAUCCUACGAUUCAAGGCCAUUGAGCCAAUCCUACUCCUCGUACGUCACCGCUUCAACGGAGUGGACAUGAGGAUUCGCGUCAAAGGUGGAGGGCACACCUCACAGAUCUACGCGAUCAGGCAGAGCAUCGCCAAGGCUUCUUGGUGAGGUACGAUAGGACUCUGGUCGUCGCUGAUCCCAGGCGGUGCGAGCCCAAGAAGUUCGGUGGUCGUGCCGCCAUAGCUAGGUUCCAGAAGUCUUACCGUUGAAGUAUCAGAAAGAAGAAUGUUCUUCUUAUGGUGGUUUUGUCUCAUUUUUUAGCCCUUUUAAUGUUCAACUGCAUUUACUUAUAUUAUGUUGUUCGCAGUUAUUCAAUGCUAGAAAUGUUUUGAUUCUAAUUUUCCAAUGCAAAUUUUAUUGUAUCUUGCUCAAACUAAACUCGGCUUGAUCAUAACCAGUAGCCUUUAAAUUUGUAUUCAGAGGUUCAGAUUUGGUUCUGGAUGUUAAUUGCUCUUAUAAGGAUUUGUUUUGAUUCUAAUUUUCCAAUGCAAUUUUAUUCUAUCUUGCUCAAGUAAGACCUACUCUUUAAUUGAUUUUGUUCUUUUACUUUAUGCAUUAAUGAGGUUUCAGACUAAACUCUGCUUGAUCAUAACCAGUAGCCUUUAAAUUUGUAUUCAGAAGUUUGGAUUUGGUUCUGGAUGGUAGUUGUUCUUAUUGGGAUUUGUUAUAUAUACAUAUGCUUUAGCUAAAUGUGCACUUUAGAAGAAUCUAGUUCUGCAAAAAGAUGUCUGUUUUAGUUAUUUUUGGCUUUUAAAACUGGCUCAAUUGUUUGUGAAUUUCGGCUUUAAGCUUGAACUCUGGUGAUACUGUUUGAUGUUAACAGGGCCAAAUGCAUGUGCUUGAUGGGUAUUGAAUUUCAUUCUCUUUUGUUUUGGCAUUUGUUUUUCCCAAAUAACUGGAUGGUAGUAUUUAGUCCUUGAAGUCUGAAGGACAAAUGCAUUGCAAAAAUUAAAAGUACAAAUUAGAAAAAAGAAGGUGAAAAAUGCAUCGAAAUUGAUUUCCCAAUAAGAAAAGGAUACUGACCUGAACUUUGAGGAGUAUUUUUAAGAGAGCACCUGAGAACUUUCAAACGAACCUACUGUGCAUAAUAUGUUUGAGCUCUGAAAUUCAGAUGGCUUUAUGUAAUUAUACAAAUAAAUGCCACACAUAAAA